AUGGCAAGCUUGCUGGAGCUACCUCUGGAGCUGUUUGAAGCCCUCGUCGCCCUCCUCCUGUCUUUGGGUCGACUUUGCGAUGCUGCCAAGUUGACGCAAGUGAGUGUGCUCUUGUAACCCUUCCGCCGUCCGCAUCGCAAGCCUGCUCACGUGCUGCCUGUCCAAUUGCACAACACAGACGUGCAGGGCUCUGCGCUUCACUGACUCUUCGAGACGAGUCAGCUAUCUCCGAGCACGUACUCGUCUCUGCUUGUCCGUCGACGAGACUGCCGAGACACAUUUACAACAUGCGACCAGAGCUCUCUUGAGCUCCAGCUGGCCCCACGCCGUUCCCGAAUCAGGCGAUGCAGCACUGCUUGGUCCUUCCUCCUCCAGGUACGAAGGCACACCGCAUGGAGCCAGACCCAGAGGAACACCUUUGCUGCGCAGGGACAGGGUGUACGAUCUGUCCAUGGACGGAAGAGUGCUCCUUGCUCAGCAACUCGCCCCACGUAUCGCGAGGGAUGACGACGAGAUCUGUGCACCGCCCUCCGAGGAGCGUGUGGAGAGCAUCACCGGCAUACAUCUACCUUCACCUGCCAAGACCUAUUCGGUCGAUGCCAAGGCCGACAUGGCAGUCACCGUCUCUGUGCGGAAGAGAGGGAUCGAUGUUGAGGGAAACGUAUUGAGGCAGAUUCGCGUGAAUGCCAUUGAGCUAAGGAGCGGCCGCUUGUUAAAGUCUUUCAAUCAGGAGCCGAGCUUGUUCGAUCCCAGCGAGGUCAGGGUGGAGGUCCAUGGCUCUUCUGUACUCUUGCGGCAAGGAAAUUUGGCUGAAGUUCGGCGACUCGCUUGGCAAGGGGAGGAUGAUUUCAACUCGGAAAUCAAGACCGCCUGGCCCCUCAUUUGGGCUCCAAAGGUCAUCUCUUCAAGUCAGCGUCUCCUUUGCGCACACUUGCUCUCAGAUUCCGUCUUGAUGCUCAUCAGACCCGCUCCGGCCACCAGCGAUCACGGUCUGGACUGGGGGAGCACGUUGGAGAUCUACAAUCUGCAUCAGAGCCAGCCCCUUGUUGCGGAGAUUCGUCUGCCCAUCCGGGCUAGACCCGUGCCUGGUUUGAGCUACAUCAAAUGCGGAGCUUCGAUCGGCGACAAGUCAAAUUUGCGAGGCCAAAGGCGAAACGCACUGAUGCUCAUCUGCGUGGAAGGCAUGAUCUGGCAAGCCGAGCUCGAGUCCUUCUUGGAUCUGAUCUAUCCUGGCACAGCUUUGGCCCUCUACACACCUGGCCAGCCGACGUACCCGAUUCUAGAUGCCUCGUGGGUCAAGGCCCACAUGUCGCGAUUCUCGCUUUGCAUCAGCGAGGGUGCGCCCGUCGCGGAGACCAGCGUCUCGGGAUUUCGCAUGGUAGCGAUCUGGCGGACAGCUCGUCAGACGGCAGGCUACAUUCGAUUCGUCGAUCUUACACCUCCGCAAGCAGCGGCCGAUGGCGAAGGCAGAUCUUCGAGGCGCGAUGAGAUCAUGACUCGAGGUGGUGGCAAAGAGGCGGCCAUCUUCAGGACAUGGUGGGCGGAGAAGGAACGGCCUUUCAUCUACUAUGACCACGCUUUCGAGGACUAUCUACCAGACCAGAAUGUGCAGCAUACGUCUGUCAUGUUGGGUGGUGCAAGAUUGCUGCUGAGCUCUGCGCGAGCUGUCGCAACACCUUACAGAUCUGACGACAUUGCUGAUGUGACGCUCGGCGAACAUUUGGUCGAGGCAGCCGAGUCCUUUUUGGAAGGCGUGGUCGAGUCCGCAUCUCGAGAUGAGGAGGCUUGGGAGGUCACCGAAAUGGACGGAGGGCGUGCCGGUACAUUUCCUUUCGCUGCAGUCUGGCUAAUCUGA